UAUUUACCCUCCCAAACCAUUUGAAAACCCCGAGACAGAGACUCUGCUUGGUGAACUCAACUUUGAUUCUUCAUCAUCAUCAGACCAAAUCCCUAUUUUUUUAUGUAUAUUUUCUCGACUAUAAAUAUGUUUCAACCGAUACCCACAUUUUCUCUUCUCCUCUCUGCCCUGCUCUGUUCUGCUCUUCCCCAUUUAGUCAAAAUACGUACUCCAGCUUUCAAUCUUUGAUUUCUCGCGAUAAAACUAUUUGCUGUAGGCUUUUUUUUUUUGUUUUUUCCUUUUUAAAUUCCCUUGCAACGCUGUGUUAGCGUUUUUCUCCUAUUGUCCGCAAUCUGCAUGAUUCAAUCAUAUGGGGUGUAUUGCUUUUUCUUAUUUGGAUAUUUGUCAGAUUCCACAAAGAUAAUCUGAAAUGGGUUUGUGUCUUUGUUUGUUUCUGAUGUGUUCCAUUCAUUGAUUCACAGUCCUUUGUCGCUCCUAGAUCUGUUUGCGGCUCUGCUCGAUCCACUGCUUUAUUCUUGCUUUACCACUAUCCACAAGGUCAGAUCAUGGGAUUUUACCGUUUGUAGUUGUUGAUUUGUUUCGAUAUUUUCUGCCUGCUAUUCUAAUUGACGAGAGAAAUUUGCUGGUUUGCACUAACUGGCACACAAAAGGUUGGGUCUAUGUUAAAUGCAAAACACUAGGCUUUGAGUCAGAGACUGAUGAUGCGUAGGCACCAAAAUAAUAGCAAGGUGGUUCUGGGCUUUAUUGGGUUUUUGCCAAUUCGGCUGAUUUCUUUUCUUCUAUACUUGUUCAUGGUGCAUAGUUACAUAAACCCUCCUUCUCAGAGGUAUCUCUUUUAAGUUCUAAAAGUAAUUAAUGGGUAACGGCACUUCUCGUGUUGUCGGCUGUUUUGUGCCUUUCAGUGAGAAAAAUGGCGUUGAUUUAGAGUUCUUAGACCCAUUAGAUGAAGGAUUAGGCCAUUCCUUUUGUUACGUUAGGCCCUCGAUUUUUGAAUCUCCUGCCAUUACCCCAUCAAACUCUGAAAGGUAUACUGUUGAUUCGAGCACCCUUGAUUCUGAAACUUUAAGUGGGUCAUUUAGACAUGACCUGAUAGAUGAUCCCUCUGGGUUACACAGACCAAGUAAGACCAUCCCGGAAACAACAUUUAGAACCAUCUCAGGGGCUUCUGUCAGUGCCAAUGUUUCUACGGCGAGAACUGGUAACCAGAGUGCAUUGUUUGCCAGCGAUGUCCAAGAGCCUGCUGCAUCGUUUGAAAGUACCUCCUCAUUUGCUGCAAUCCCUUUGCAGCCUGUUCCUCAUUGCUCCGGGCCAUUGAACGGAUUCAUGUCUGGACCUCUUGAAAGAGGCUUUGCUUCAGGUCCUUUGGAAAGAGGAGGUGGUUUCAUGUCCGGGCCGAUCGAGAAGGGUGUGAUGUCUGGUCCACUUGAUGCUACUGAUAAAUCUAACUUCUCUGCACCACUUGCACGAGUUCGUCAAAGAGCAGGUCUCCACCGUCUCAUGAGGAGUGUGAGUGGACCGAUGAGGAGCACUUUCUCCCGGACAUUCUCAAAACAUUCUGGGGGACAUGGAUGGAUGCAACGGUUUUUCUUCAAUCCUGUGUCUCAAUUGGCCUGGCAUUCUAAGGAGCCAAAGUUUCGACCAGAUGCCUCACGAAACUUUCUUGAUGGGGUGCCAUCGGAAGGGGAAUAUAGAUGUACUCACAAUUUGCAAUGGGCUCAUGGCAAGGCUGGUGAAGAUAGGGUACAGGUUGUGCUUUCUGAAGAACAGGGAUGGUUAUUUAUUGGAAUAUAUGAUGGUUUUAGUGGGCCAGAUGCGCCAGACUUUCUGAUGAGCCAUCUCUACAAAGCUAUAGACAGAGAACUGGAAGGACUGCUUUGGGAUUAUGAAGAUAAACCUAUUAAUGAUCAAUUAAAACCCAAACUCCAUGAGACUGGAAAAACAGAAGCAACAUCAGAGUCCAGGAAGGAGGACCAGCCGAAACCUCAUUCGAGUAAAGUGAUUUCUUGUAGUUUAGAGGAUUCAUGUAGGCCUGUAAUUAUCAGAGGUCAAUCUUCUAACUGUGAAAUAGUAGAGGAAAAUGAAGAAGUUAGGAAUGGUGUCGAAACCAAUGGUGAGAAGCCCAGCAUUUCUGGAUGUGCAGCCAUUUCAGUUGCAACCGCAAACUUGACUGGUCACAGCAGGAAAAGCAUGCGUCUUUAUGAGCUACUUCAGAUGGAGCCUUGGGAUGGACAGGGUUCUAUGCUAGUCUCAGAGGUCGGGAACCAAAGAAAGGUUUCAUGGGAUUUUCAAUUGAGUCGAGAAACCUCACAAGAAGAUCAGGAAAUAUCUUGCUCAUUAAACCCCAAAAUCGAUAGUUGUAGCCAUCGGGGUGAAGAUCCGACCACAUCAGGUGAAGAUGUUGGGGUUGGGGUUGAAUCCAUUAAUCAAGGUGCAACUGCUCUUUGUGUUUCAAGGGAAAGACAGAAUACUAGAAAGUCAUUAAUUGGUUCAAAGAUUAGAAAAAUGUAUCGGAAGCAAAAGUCCUUGCGAAAGAAACUUUUUCCUUGGAAUUAUGAUUGGCACAGAGAGGAGACUUGUGUUGAAGAGAGAAUGGUGGAACCCUCAGGACCUAUUAGGAGAUGCAAAUCUGGUGUUGUUGAUCAUGAUACAGUUUUAAGGGCGAUGGCUCGAGCUCUUGAAAGGACUGAAGAGGAUUACAUGGAAAUGGUGGAAAAAGCUCUUGACAAAAACCCAGAGCUUGCUUUGAUGGGGUCAUGUGUUCUAGUGAUGUUAAUGAAGGAUCAGGAUGUGUAUGUCAUGAACCUUGGGGAUAGCCGUGUGAUCUUGGCUCAGGAAAGGCCAAAUGACCGUUAUCCUAAUCCAAAUUUUUUGAAAGAUGAUAUGAAGUAUCGAAACAGAUCUAGAGAGUCAUUAGUGCGUAUGGAACUGGACAGAAUAUCUGAAGAUUCUCCUAUGCAUAAUCAGAACAGUCAGAUUAACAAAAUAAAUAAAAACCGGGAGAUUUCGUUAUGCAGAUUAAAGAUGAGAGCUGUUCAGCUUUCCACCGAUCACAGUACAAGUGUUGAAGAGGAAGUUUUCAGAAUUCGGGCAGAACAUCCUGAUGAUAACCAGGCUGUGUUUAAUGAUCGAGUUAAGGGUCAACUGAAAGUCACCAGAGCGUUCGGUGCUGGGUUCCUGAAGAAGCCAACUUGUAAUGAAGCUCUGCUGGGGAUGUUUCGGAUUGAUUAUGUGGGAAAUGUUCCUUAUGUCAGCUGCAUUCCUUUCCUUCUUCACCACCGACUUUCCUCGAGCGAUCGAUUCCUAGUACUCUCCUCUGAUGGACUUUACCAGUACUUUAGCAACGAGGAGGUAGUUGCCCAUGUCACUUGGUUCAUAGAAAAUGUUCCUGAAGGUGAUCCUGCCCAAUACCUUAUUGCAGAGCUUCUCUUUCGUGCUGCCAAAAAGAAUGGAAUGGAUUUUCAUGAGUUGCUGGAUAUUCCACAUGGGGAUAGACGCAAAUAUCAUGAUGAUGUUUCUGUUAUGGUGGUUUCACUGGAGGGAAGGAUCUGGAGAUCAUCUGGAUAGUUGCUUCACGUCAACUCUUUUAUUCUUCUUCUAUUUUGGGGGGUUCCCCCCUCUUUCUCUCUCGGCUAGCUUUGUUCGCAUUUGCACAUAGCCUCAACAAUGUCACAGUUUUCAGGCAAGGUGUAAAACAUUUAUGAAUUUCAGAACUUGGAAUUAUACUCUGGACAUUUUUGGAAAUAGAAGUUCAUUUAUUCCUUC